AUGUUCACUCCUCUGGUUGCUCUGCGUUCUGUCCUCAUUGUUGCCUUUAUGGCAGUGGAAUGCGUUAAAGCUUUACCGCAGCCUUCUGAACCUCCCAGUGUCGAGCUGUUGGAGGCAAUUCCUAGCCCCGCAGAGCUGAUUCGCGCUGCCGAGACUGGAGAGUUCAAGGUGGUACCUGGUCCCGGUCUACCCUCUCUCGAAUCCCUCAAUUUUACCUCCCGCGAUCUCGUCGUUCGCGCACUCGAGCGUAUCGAGCGCUCCAAGGAAGCUCAAGAGGACAGGGAGAGGUCGAGCUCCUUCACGAAGCGGUACACCCCGACGUGUGACUGGCACCAAUAUCUCAUCAGCAUGCCCAACGCCUGGGCCUGCCAUGAGUAUCUCCACUCUAUUGGUAGUGUGACCUGCGCGGUACCUUCCUCAGGAUCGAGGUUCUGCCAUACGGUCAGCGGGAACGCAGAUGUUGCGUGGUACGGGAGGGUGAACGGCGUGUCCUACACCCAAUCUAGCUGCGCUAAUGUUGCGAAUGGUGGAGUGUGGGUGCUAAAUAACUGUAUUUUAACUGCUUUUCCGUCUAUUCCGGUGCUCAAUGAAGGUACCAACGCUGCUUGGGGCAAUGAAAACCUCAUCGUUGAGAUCCGCAAGUUCUAG